AUGACGGCGGUUCUUAGAUCUAAAAAAUUCUUAGAAUUUAAAGUACCUACCUCAGAAAAUACGCACUGUUAUUUUAAGAAAAUUCCAGCCCAACAUUGGCAAUUAAAGCACUACUUGAGCUUUCGUUUAAAGUCAGAUGAAUCUAUUUUACCGUGGUCCACUGUAUACGACAAUUGGCAAAAAUCUCUCGAUUUUAUUGCGAAAAACUCAAAUAAAAAAUUUCCAGGAUCCAUUUCAAGUCUUUGUAUCGAAUUGCGAAAUAUUUGUAAUACUUAUGAAGGAUCCAUUGUAAUUGAGAAUUGUGAGAAAUUGUAUGAAGAAUUUUAUCAACGAAAUAUUGAUUUGCAAAUUGCCGAAAGACUUCGACUCCUUGACACAACCAUAUUCUCUGAACAAAAAUUUUCGGAAUUCCUACGAACAUCGGGAAAAAAACGGAUAGGGGAGGAUAAUGAAGAAGCCUCAUCGAGUGAAAAACGAAUUCGUUAUGAGGGAGAUCACGUUGAUAAUUUCGCACCUGAAUUGCUCAAAGAUCACGAAGAGGACUAUGAUGAUGAAAUCUCAGAUGUAAAUGUUGUUAAUUUUUUGAACGAAGAGAAUGAACUUGAAGAAGUCAUCCAGCCAGAAGCUGUACAGGUGGCAAAUUCUCCAUUUGAAGAAUGGGUACUCUCUACAGGAAAAAACGUAUCUCAAGUUUUGGAUACCUUUAGAGCAGCAAUUCCGAAGUCGAAGGCUUACCUAUAUCCCGCAUUUUUUGGAAUACUUGAUUUAUCCGGGGAAGAUACGGAAGUCAAGAAACUGUUCACCGAUGACGAAUGGUCGGAAAUGAAAAACGAUUUUAAUGAAACGGUAGAAUUUAAAGAUAUAGAUGAAGAAACAAAGCUGUACGACUUAUUUGAUAAAAUCCAGGAGACUAUUGAAAAGAAGCCGGAUGAUCUAAUCACAGCAAUAGAAAAAUGUACAAUUGAGGGAAGUUCAAAAGUUAAUUCUAUACGAAGAUUAAUCCAAACCUACGCCUAUAAUAUGGAGAGACUACAAACCUCGAUUCCGGAGGCCAUGUUUUCCAACAAUUUUACGAAUAUGUUAACUAAAGGUAUUCUGACAUACCAUCGGAAAUUUAUGUAUGAUGAAGGAGAGAUACAAAGUCUUGCAUCUGCCUUCAUUACAAAUACAACUAAGAAACCAACGGAUAGGUCUCUUAUAGGACAAAAAUGCGAUUUUAGGGUUACAUGUGACGGAUUUGAAAUUGUUAUUGGGUUACGAUCUGGAGGAUUGCCAGAGGCCUGCAAAUCAAAAAAAUGGAACGAUAAGGUUGAUCUGAUGGUCGCAAUGCGCGAUGUCUUAUUGCGAGAAGCUAUCGAAAAUAAUGGAGUGGAAUGUACGGAUUUCAAGCGAAUAUAUACACUUGGAGUCCAUUCAUUUGGGUUUUUUUAUAACGUCUAUGCCAUGGAUUGGAAAUCAAAAGGUUUAUGGAGGCUAGGCUUACUAAAAAAAGCAAAGCUACCACAAUCGAAUGAACAACUACUCAUGAUUGAGAAAUUAGUUGUAACAUUGCUACAAAUUGAGUCAACUCUCAAUCAUAUUGUAACUAUUCGGAAUGAUUUAGUAAUAAAAGCAUCAAGAUUGCAUAGAGAAAGACGCACUUCUGUCAUCCCUAAACAAUAUACAGUUUGUGAACAACGUGUACAUAAAUGCCCUUGCUUUGUAAAUGAGGAGGAGAUCAAUCGUCGGGUUAAAAAAGAAGUCAAUAUUUUAUGUCAACGAUUACUGGAACAUAAUGAAAAAACUUUUGGUAAAUUUAUGCGAGAAAUUACUAUGGAGCAUGAGGAUAGAGUCAAAGCUAAUAAAAAAUUACGAUUUGAGGUUGAGGAAAAAAAGAUAGAAUUACAAGAGGCAGAAAAAUGUCUCGCAUAUCUGAAGUCACGCUCUAUUCAUCAAGGUUACUAA